UCUUUCACUAGGAUAUAUAAUAAUUAUAAACUCUCAGCAAAUUAAUAGUAAUAGUUUAUAGAUAUAAUAUUGAAUAUUAGAGUGAGAAUGGGAAUGGAGCGGGGAGUAGUGAUGAUGGUGAGGAGGUCGUGGACGGUGGUGUUGGUGGUGGUGUGUGCGGUGGUUGUGGGUGCGUCGGCUCAAAGUGCGAGCAAUGUGAGAGCCACAUACCAUCUGUACAAUCCACAAGAUAAUAACUGGGACUUGCUCAAGGUCAGCGCCUUCUGUGCCACUUGGGACGCCGACAAGCCCUUGGCAUGGCGCCAAAAGUAUGGCUGGACUGCCUUCUGCGGACCCGUUGGCCCUCGUGGCCAGGACUCUUGCGGCAAAUGCUUGAGAGUGACAAACACAGGAACAGGAGCCCAAGCUACAGUGAGAAUUGUGGAUCAGUGCAGCAAUGGUGGACUGGACUUGGAUGUAAAUGUGUUUGACCAGAUCGACACUGAUAAGACAGGCCAUGCCCAAGGCCACCUUAUUGUCAACUAUGAAUUCGUCAACUGUGGCGACUAAAUACUAAAUAUAUAUAUAUAUAUGUUGUUUGAGUAUGUUCCUCAAAUAAAAACAAAUAAAAAACUAUGAUCCAUAUAUAUUCAUAGAAAUUAAAGAAAUAAAUGGGUUGCAGUACCCAUCUACCUACCGCUUCUUCAGUCUUUGAUAUAUAUAUAUAUAUAUAAGAAGUGUUAUUAUUAUAUACAUAUGUCGAUGCUUAUUACACUACAAUGAAUAAAUAAUAUAUUAAUUUUCUCAUGCAGUA